AUGCACUUGGACUACCGGAUGGGGUCGGGUGCUGGUCCGUCCUUGCCGAUCUUCUACAACAUGUACAGAGAUCGUUGCCUGGAGUUCGAUGACAUUUAUGCAUGGGAAGCGCAUCAAAUCAACGGCACUGUUUGGUGGGGUCCAAUGCCGGAUGAAAUCAGAGAGAAGACUCGCUUCUUCAAUCUCCCUGUGGUAGAGAAUGGAUGCAAGGACACAACCAGAGGUCUUUAUGCACCGAGAGGAAGCUUCCUCCACCUUCUUCCCAUUGCUGCAAAAGUCGAAGACUACGUCGUCGUGAAGGUGGACAUUGACGGUGGCCCAGAACUGCAGAUCAUGGAAGCCAUCGCACGGCAGCCGGAGCUCAGCUCCCUAGUUGAUGAGAUCUUCUUCGAAUACCAUGUCUACUUCGAUGGCAUUAACUUUGGCUGGGGAAAGGGGACGGGGUACAAAAGCAAGGGCCGGACCAUCGAUGCGGCGCUGGACUUGAUGAAGAGGCUGCGCCAAGCCGGCAUUCGAUCCCACUUCUGGGUUUGA